CACCCGCCGACCGAGGACCUCCGAUGUCUCCCGCCGCGCCGCCCACCGCCAUCCGCCUCACGACCACGCCAAACCCUCUCCCCCACACCAUCUCCUCGCCCGCCACUCGGCGCCCCUCCCACCUCUCCAUGUCGGCCCCCUCCCGUCCCCGCACCUCGCCCCUGGCCGCAACAGCAGCGGCCGGCGGUGCACCCUCCCUCCUCGCCGCGGACCCGAGUCACCGCGACGCCGUCCUCCUCGCGGCGCGCGGUGCCAUCGCCAACUGCCUCGGCGAGACCCACCUCGACCUCGUCGUCCCCGGGCUCCGCCUCGCCGCCAAGGGCAAGGUGAGAGAUGUCUACGAGAGCGGGGAGCACCUGGUGCUGGUCACCACCGACCGUCAGAGCGCAUUCGACCGUGUCCUUGCCUCCAUUCCCUUCAAAGGCCAGGUUCUUAACGAGACAAGCCUCUGGUGGUUCAACAGGACCGCUCAUAUCACUCCAAAUGCAGUGGUCUCUUGUCCUGAUAAGAAUGUGACAAUUGCCAAAAGGUGCUCAGUUUUCCCAGUUGAAUUUGUCGCGAGGGGAUUCGUUACAGGAAGCACUGAUACAUCACUAUGGACAGUUUAUAACAAUGGCGUGAGGAAUUACUGCGGAAAUGUCAUUCCUGAUGGCAUGGUAAAGAAUCAAAAGCUAGCAGCAAAUAUCCUCACGCCAACAACUAAAGCUGCUGAUCACGAUGUCCCUAUCACUCCUGAUGAGAUAGUCAAGUCAGGGCUGAUGUCUAAGGAUGAUUUUGAUGAGGCAAGAAACAAAGCCUUAAGCUUAUUUGAAUAUGGGCAGCAAGUGGCAUUAGAGAAUGGAGUAAUACUAGUUGACACAAAGUAUGAAUUCGGAAAAACAGCUGAUGGGACAAUUGUGUUGAUUGAUGAGGUACAUACACCUGACUCCAGCAGAUAUUGGAUUGCUAAUUCAUAUGAAGAGAGAUUUAAAUCUGGCCUUGAACCUGAAAAUGUUGACAAGGAGUUCCUAAGGCUGUGGUUUAAGAAUAAUUGCAACCCAUAUGAAGAUAAGAUUCUACCAGAAGCUCCGGAAGAACUAGUUUCCGAACUUGCUUGGCGGUACAUAUUUCUGUUCGAAACGAUUACAAAUACCAAGUUCGAGAUCCCAGAUACACAGGAACCGAUCCAUGAAAGGAUAUCAAGGAAUGUAGCAGAAGCCUUGCGGAAUUUAUAAUUGCUGACGCUGCAAAAAGCACUCGUUCAUGACAAUAGGAUGGGGAAAUUCUGUUACUAAGAUUCCCUGUAGUUGCUAUGUGCACAUGAGCUGAUGAGUAGUAUCAUCCCCGUUGAAGCUUGAAUUAUUUUUCGACGGAGUAUGAAUGCAUAUCCCCGGUGAUGUAAUAUCACACAGAAUAGGAGAUUAACAAUUAAAACUGGUCCAUGUUUCUGUU